UGCUGCCUUGUGAAGACAGUAGUUGCUUCCCCUUUGCCUUCCGCCAUGACUGGAAGUUUCCCGAGGUCUCCCAGCCAUGCAGAACUAGAUCUGGACAGUAUCAAGAGGACUCACAAGAAUGUUGAAAUAUCCAGGGCAUAUAAAAAAUGUGAAGCUUUUUAUACCACCCUUAGGCCUGCAGAGGCAGGAAGCAAACAUCUUGUUACUAGAUCGUGAAGUAAGAGACAGUGUCUGCUGCUCUGUUGCCAGAGCUGGAUCACAUUGGCACCAUCACGGCUCACUGCAGCCUCGACCUCUGGGCUCAAGUGAAUCUCCCACUGCAGCCUCCCGAAUAGCUGAAACUACAGACACAUGCCACCAUACCCAGGAGCCUUUGGCCUAGGAGCUGGGAGACUCAGGGCCCUUCUCACACUCAGAAUUGGAGCAGGGCCUUCGAGACAGUCCCAGCACCAUGAGCCCUGAAAGGUCCCAAGAGGAGAGCCCAGAAGAAGACACAGAGAGAACAGAGCGGAAGCCCAUGGUCAAAGAUGCCUUCAAAGACAUUUCCAUAUACUUCACCAAGGAAGAAUGGGCAGAGAUGGGAGACUGGGAGAAAACUCGCUAUAGGAAUGUGAAAAGGAACUAUAAUGCACUGAUUACUAUAGGUCUCAGAGCCACUCGACCAGCUUUCAUGUGUCACCGAAGGCAGGCCAUCAAACUCCAGGUGGAUGACACAGAAGAUUCUGAUGAAGAAUGGACCCCUAGGCAGCAAGUCAAACCUCCUUUGAUGGCCUUAAGAGUGGAACAGCGUAAACACCAGAAGGGAAUGCCCAAGGCAUCAUUCAGUAAUGAAUCUAGUUUGAAAGAAUUGUCAAGAACAGCAAAUUUACUGAAUGCAAGUGGCUCAGAGCAGGCUCAGAAACCAGUGUCCCCUCCUGGAGAAGCAAGUACCUCUGGACAGCACUCAAGACUAAAACUGGAACUCAAGAAGAAGGAGACUGAAGGAAAAAUGUAUAGCCUGAGAGAAAGAAAGGGUCAUGCAUACAAAGAGGUCAGCGAGCCGCAGGAUGAUGAUUACCUCUAUUGUGAGAUGUGUCAGAACUUCUUCAUUGACAGCUGUGCUGCCCAUGGGCCCCCUACAUUUGUAAAGGACAGUGCAGUGGACAAGGGGCACCCCAACCGUUCAGCCCUCAGUCUGCCCCCAGGGCUGAGAAUUGGGCCAUCAGGCAUCCCUCAGGCUGGGCUUGGAGUAUGGAAUGAGGCAUCUGAUCUGCCGCUGGGUCUGCACUUUGGCCCCUAUAAGGGCCGAAUUACAGAAGACGAAGAGGCGGCCAACAAUGGAUACUCCUGGCUGAUCACCAAGGGGAGAAACUGCUAUGAGUAUGUGGACGGAAAAGAUAAAUCCUGGGCCAACUGGAUGAGGUAUGUGAACUGUGCCCGGGAUGAUGAAGAGCAGAACCUGGUGGCCUUCCAGUACCACAGGCAGAUCUUCUAUAGAACCUGCCGAGUCAUUAGGCCAGGCUGUGAACUGCUGGUCUGGUAUGGGGAUGAAUAUGGCCAGGAACUGGGCAUCAAGUGGGGCAGCAAGUGGAAGAAAGAGCUCAUGGCAGGGAGAGGCUGCAGUGGGUCAUCCCCUCAGAGCUGCUCCGGUUUCCAGAUGAGAGAGAAUGGUUGGCAGGAUGAAGGUGGGGAGCACGGAGAACCAAAGCCAGAGAUCCAUCCAUGUCCCUCAUGCUGUCUGGCCUUUUCAAGUCAGAAAUUUCUCAGUCAACAUGUAGAACGCAAUCACUCCUCUCAGAACUUCCCAGGACCAUCUGCAAGAAAACUCCUCCAACCAGAGAAUCCCUGCCCAGGGGAUCAGAAUCAGGAGCAGCAAUAUCCUGAUCCACGCAGCCGUAAUGACAAAACCAAAGGUCAAGAGAUCAAAGAAAGGUCCAAACUCUUGAAUAAAAGGACAUGGCAGAGGGAGAUUUCAAGGGCCUUUUCUAGCCCACCCAAAGGACAAAUGGGGAGCUGUAGAGUGGGAAAAAGAAUAAUGGAAGAAGAGUCCAGAACAGGCCAGAAAGUGAAUCCAGGGAACACAGCCAAAUUAUUUGUGGGGGUAGGAAUCUCAAGAAUUGCAAAAGUCAAGUAUGGAGAGUGUGGGCAAGGUUUCAGUGUUAAAUCAGAUGUUAUUACACACCAAAGAACACAUACAGGGGAGAAGCCCUAUGUCUGCAGGGAGUGUGGGCGGGGCUUUAGCUGGAAGUCACACCUCCUCAGUCACCAGAGGACACACACAGGGGAGAAGCCCUAUGUCUGCAGGGAGUGUGGGCGGGGCUUUAGCGUUAAGUCAAGCCUCCUCAGUCACCAGAGGACACACACAGGGGAGAAGCCCUAUGUCUGCAGGGAGUGUGGGCGGGGCUUUAGCCAGCAGUCAAACCUCCUCAGUCACCAGAGGACACACACAGGGGAGAAGCCCUACGUAUGCAGGGAGUGUGGGCGGGGCUUUAGCGUUAAGUCAAGCCUCCUCAGUCACCAGAGGACACACACAGGGGAGAAGCCCUAUGUCUGCAGGGAGUGUGGGCGGGGCUUUAGCGUUAAGUCAAGCCUCCUCAGUCACCAGAGGACACACACAGGGGAGAAGCCCUAUGUCUGCAGGGAGUGUGGGCGGGGCUUUAGCGUUAAGUCAAGCCUCCUCAGUCACCAGAGGACACACACAGGGGAGAAGCCCUAUGUCUGCAGGGAGUGUGAGCGGGGCUUUAGCCAGCAGUCACACCUCCUCAGACACCAGAGGACACACACAGGGGAGAAGCCCUAUGUCUGCAGGGAGUGUGGGCGGGGCUUUAGCCAGCAGUCACACCUCCUCAGUCACCAGAGGACACACACAGGGGAGAAGCCCUAUGUCUGCAGGGAGUGUGGGCGGGGCUUUAGCCAGCAGUCACACCUCCUCAGACACCAGAGGACACACACAGGGGAGAAGCCCUAUGUCUGCAGGGAGUGUGGGCGGGGCUUUAGCGUUAAGUCAAGCCUCCUCAGUCACCAGAGGACACACACAGGGGAGAAGCCCUAUGUCUGCAGGGAGUGUGAGCGGGGCUUUAGCCAGCAGUCACACCUCCUCAGACACCAGAGGACACACACAGGGGAGAAGCCCUAUGUCUGCAGGGAGUGUGGGCGGGGCUUUAGCCGGCAGUCAGCCCUCCUCAUUCACCAGAGGACACACACAGGGGAGAAGCCCUAGGUCUGCAGGGAGGAUGAGUAAGUCAUUAGUAAUAAAACCUCAUCUCAAUAGCCACAAGAAGACAAAUGUGGUCACCACACACUUGCACACCCCAGCUGUGAGGUGGCUUCAGCGGAAGUCUGCUGACCCCUUAUAUUCACCGAGAGUAUAAAGAGAUCGGAAAUAACUAAUUAAACAAAUCCGCCACUUUCAUGACUAGAGAUGAGGAAGAACAGGGGAUAGUUCUGUAAGUGUUCGGGGGACAUCAGCAUGUGUGGUUCUUUCCCGCACCAAUCCCCUCCAUUUUUUGUUUGUUUUUUGCUCCUGUUCUAAUAAAUUUUGUCUCCAUACAAAUCUGAA